GAAAGGUCUUCCUCAAUCGUAAUGGACGAGAAGCUCACUGUUUUCAGGGCAGGAACAAAGGAUGGGCCUUCGUUUUCGUUUUCUAGUGACCACAGCGUACGAGAAAAGAAUGGGGCCGUCCAACAACCACAUGAUGUCUGGAUGGUUACCGAGCCUAAUCUGUACUUUCCUCUCGAUCAAAGAGGAAAAACCACUGUUCGUUUGUUCAAAGCCGAUAUUUGGCCGAGUGACUUUGAUGAGGUAAAGGUGAAAAACCACUCCAAGUUCAGUGGAAUAUGCGUUGCUGAAAGUGAAAGUAUAAAACAAUUGAAGGAACAACUGGAAUCACUGGAUUGGAAAGAGAUAAAACUCAAAACGUGCGACGGUGGAAUGUCUCGCAUGGAUUUUAGCACACUCGUAAGAGCCGUUUUGGUGUACAUGAAAGACCAUUACCCAACCACACCUGAUGAAUACAACUUUCAAGCUGAAUUAAAGGCCGCGAGUCAUUGGUAUUGGUAUCCAAAGAGCAAUGAAAAUCCUGGCCACGAGGAAGAAGCUUGUACCUCGAUAAAGCCUCCAGAACUUGUCUCUGGUCCCCACAAAGACAAUCGUGUGAAAAUAGCAGCACUGGAGACUUGCAGGAAAUGGAUCAGUGUUCUUAAAGGGUUAAAAAAGGAAUCAUCGCUAAACAAGAGAUCUAAAAGGGUUAAAGAAGAUGAGGAGUCGUCACCUGACGAGGAUGAAAAUGAGGAACGCAUUUAUGAUCUCGAGGAAAGCAUUUUUGAUUUGAAGACAUACUUUGAUUUCAAAGACGAUGAACUAAGCAAAAGUAGAACUGAAGUCACUGGGAAGCAUUCGUCAGUAAAGAGUAAGAUGGCUUGUCCGACAAAAGUCGUCGGAAACCAAAAAAAUUGCACGGCGGAAAACUGUACGUGUGAAGGUUAGAGGUCAAGUUAUUUCCCAAACCAAGGGAUUAACGUCAUUAACCAGACUCCAUUUCAUCAAGUUCAAUUAGGCACAUAGUUUGAUACAUCUCUUAAGUACAUGUGUAAUGGCUUAAAUAUCAAUUUUUUGCAAAAUGUUGUGGAUUUGUUGUCGUUGUUGUAGUUGUUUUUUUUGCAAGUUUCUGUUAUCAUAUUCAAAUGACUUAUUUCUAUAAGUAAAGGCUAUGGACUGACUGGAGUCCAAUUUGGUAUGUAAUCAUACGAGUUGUUAAUCGAAUUGGACGAACGAAGUCUUAUUACCAAUUUUUCUUAAGAAUUACAAUUUCCGAGAAAGUAAGAAUAGCCAGGUUAUGAAAGAAAGGGAAAAUUUUCGCUAAAAGACUGACAAAGGAGGCGUAGAUUGUUUAAUGGUUGUGAUUAGUUGAUUUAAACUACAACCUUGAAUGUGAUUGGCUUAUUGAACUGUUCGAUAACAAACUGUUUGAUAAGAACUUGGCAAGUGAAUUAGUGGAUGAUAUGAGUUUUUUUAAACCAAUCACAAUCGAGGAAAUCGUAAUUUUUUAUGAGUAACAAAUUUAUAGCUAU